CUUAUUCCCACUGGGGCACUGCUACGUCACACUAUCCCACUAAACGCGUCAAACCGACAGCACCUCUGUAUUAUCCCAGAUCCCCCAUUCUCGACCAUGGCGAUCACUGAGACUGACGUCUUGACCAACUACCUCCUCAACCCCGCGCCCCUGCCUUUGGUCAUCAAAUUCGAGCGCUUCGCUGAGCAAUUCCCCCCAGCGCAACGCGACGCACCCGCCGUGCGAGCGCUAUGGCAGGAUCUUGUCGCGCAGCGGGAACGCGUUUUGGCGUCGGUGCGAGAAAACAUUGAAGAGGAAGUGGCGCGGGGAAAGGCGAUGCGGCGCGAGGUGCUGCGGAAGAGGAGAGAAGAGGGCACCGACGAGGUUGAUGCCGAGAUUGAGAUGGAGCGAGCGCUAUUCGGAGAUCUGUCCGGCGCAAAGCGCGCAAAGCAUACUCUCGACUCGGUCGUUCCCGAACUGGAGGGCGCAACUCUUGCCUUGGAAGCUGAUAUUGCAAAGCUACAGGAUGAAGAGGUACAGCUCCUCGAACUGGUCAAGUCCAACGUCGACAGUCUGAGCGACCUCCGCUAUGGCAAGUUUGGCAACGCAAAGCUUCGAGACGAGGUGCUUGAUGGAUUACGCACGCUGCAGGAGACAUGCAGUAGCAAAUGAUGAUACCGAAAUGGCGAAAGAAUGAUUACAAUUUCAUUAUACGAGGGCACGGAUCACCCUCCAGCGCAAUCAUAGACGACUACCAAGGUCAGAUCGCACGCUUCCCGUACGUGAAACACCGGCACCGAAAUUUUCCGCCAUUACAACGACCCUCAGCGCUCCCACUAUGAAAUGAUAACAAGGCCCCAACAUCUGCCACG